ACGCAGUUUUUAUUGGCGUGUUGUUGAGUUUGGCCUUGAAGGGUUGGCUCAGAACAGGGUGCAGCUACAGAGAAAGGGCUGAAAAAACACAUUUUUACACUUGGCUGCAGUCCACCGAGGCAGUUCGGAGACGUCCGCGCCCUCUUUUCAUUCUUUCGCUUUCUCCUUCACUUCGGUACUUUCCAGCUGAAAGUGUGCGACGAUCUUGGUAGGAACCAUGGCCAGUAAAUUAGAUAUUCGUCUUCAAGGAUCCUCACUUAACAUUGUGCGACAGUGUGGGCAUGUUCUGACUAACAUCCUUUAUAGCAAAUUUGGAUGUGUAGCAAUUAUCGAAGGCAUGGAUUUUGAGAGUGAUAUGAGCUUUGUACAACAGAAGAGGCAGUCUGUUGCCCAAGAGAAGAGGUUUUCUGUCAAGCUGCCUGCAGGUAUUGAGGUGUCCGUAUGGAAGGCUGAUCUCACCACUUUAAAAGUGGAUGCUGUUGUGAAUGCUGCCAACUGCCAUCUUCAGCAUGCUGGUGGACUUGCUUAUGCUCUGUGUGAAGCUGGUGGUCCUCAAAUCCAAAAGGAAAGUGAUAUUCACAUCACCACACAUGGUGCCUUAAAAACAGGUGAAGCAGUUAUCACUACUUCUGGCUCUUUACCAUGCAAUGUCAUAAUUCAUGCAGUGGGCCCACGUUUGUCAUAUGGUUUCACACAGUCAGAAUUUUUUGAUGCUAAAGUACUGUUGGAGAAGACCAUCUGUAGGAUUCUGCAAAGAGUUGAGGAAAAUUGUCUGGACACUGUUGCUAUUCCUGCUAUAAGCUCUGGGUUGUUCAACUACCCCCUGCAAGAUUGUGCCGAUACUAUAGUGUCAACUGUGAAACACUACUAUGAACGUGUUCACUCCCUCAACCAUCUUCCUAAAGAGAUACUCUUUGCUAACAAUGAUGACCAAACAGUCACAGAAAUGAUGAAGGCCUGCAAUAAGAUUCUGGCCCCUCACCAGUUAAUGCCACACAGCCUUGCAGCACAAAGCAAAGGUACUGCCAAAACAUCAGACAUUGCCACCCAGAUUUGGAGCGUUAAUCUAACACUGAAGAGGGAUAACAUUGAAAAUCAGAAGGUGGAUGUCAUUGUAAACACAGCAUCACCUGACAAAGACUUGACCAAGGGUCAGAUCUCUGCUGCUUUGCUGAACAAAGCUGGUCGCAAAAUGCAACAUGAAAUACGAAGUGCUCCUCAGAGGAAUCACAUUAUCAUCACACAAGGUUACAAUCUGUGGUGUAAAGAGGUGUUUCACACUUUCUGUGUUGCUAAAGAACGACAGGCAUCGCAAGAGGUCCUUUUUGAUUCAGUAUUGCAAUGUUUAAAGAUGGCAGCUACAAAUGGCCACAAGUCCAUCGCCUUUCCUGCAAUCGGCAGUGGAAACCUUGGGUUCAAUAAAAGAGAAGUUGCACACAUCAUGUCAGAUGCUGUGGUUGAGUUUGCCAAAAUGUUUACAGGGAAGAUGGAAAUUUAUUUUGUCAUAUUUCCUUCAGACUCUGUCACAUUUCAGGCUUUUGAGGAUAAAAUAAGAUCUUUCCAACAGAAGGCACCCCAUUCCAGCUUUACACCUGCUCUGAUGGAAAAAGAAGACCUCAGUUUUAACAGAGGUCCAGCUCCACACAUCAGUCUGAGUGCUCCAUCUGAAGAGUCUGCAAGUGAGGCUGAAAAAUGGCUUACACAUCUUCUCUACAAGUCCUCUCCCUGUGUUACUAUCUGUAACAACUUCAUCCAGCACCUCAGUGAGAAGCAAUACCUGCAGCUCUCUCGCCUAACCAGAAAGGGUGUUAAGUUUGAGGAGUUUUUGACCAAGGGUCACACCUGCCUAAAGGUUGAUGGGGAUUCGGUUGAGGAUGCUGUAGUUGCUGCAUUACAGGUGGAGGCCAUGCUCUGCAUUGUCCAGAAGGAGUUUGUCACAGAGGAGGAGAACGAAAUGUGCAAACUGUUAGCUAACGAAGUGCCUCUUAAAAGAGAAAAAAAGACAAAGACGGUGGACAACUCAAGCUGGGACUUCAAAGACAGAAUACCUGCUUUCAGAAAUCUUGGUCUGUGGAUAUUAAAGGUUGACAAAGUUGAGAACCCUGCACUGGAGCUGCUGUUUGAUCUCAAGAAAAAACAGUUGGGGUGCUCCUCGUCUGAGAAAAUGUUUCAGCGCAUACCUGCACAGUUCUGCGAGAUGGUUAGCCAAAUUGGCUUCCAUGCAGAGUGUGCACCACCAGAAGACCCACAAUGCGGAGAGGGUAUCUACUUUGCUAAGAAUGUGAAGAAGGCCAUGGAAGUUUGGAGGGAGAAUAACGAUCAGUAUCUGUACUUUGUUGAAGCUGAUGUGCUGACAGGGAAGUCCAUAAAGGGUAAACCAGGUCUCAUUCUGCCACCUGCUGUAGGGAAAGAUCCCCAAGUUAGGUUUGACAGUGUGAAUGGAGGGUCUGAUAUCUCAGUCAUAUUUAGUAGUUAUCAAGCCCUGCCCAGGUACAUCAUCACCUGUAGAAACCCGAAGAAACUAACUGAAGGGUAUCUUUAAUGAGCAUAUUUACUAUUAGAAAGAAAUAACUGUUUUUGUCAGUCAUAGACUCAAUAUAAUGAUUAUUAGUAGCAAAAUAUGAAGGGAUGACUGGGCUUAUUUUUCUCAUAAUGUAUUGCUGAGUAAUGGAAGCAACAAGUUAUUAAAAUGUAUUUUAUUAUAGCAAUACUGCAAGGAGAGGAACCAAUCAUAUGUUAAUAAAUCAAGAUUGAGCUUAAAAAUGUGCGUUUUAUAUCAACAACAUUGUAGUUUUUACAUUGAAAGGGUUCAUUUGUUUAGUGGCAUCUCAUGACUCCAUAAAUUUAGACAUGAUUAUAACAGCAAAUACCGCAAUAAAUAUGAAAAGACUUUAAUCUAGCUUUGCUAGUCCAUAAAAUAAUAAUGGUGGUGGUGAACUCCAUGAUGAAUGGGAGAAUGAGUCAUAAUGGACAUGAGUAGUUAGUUUUCCUGAUGUUGAUGUCAAAAUAAAAUUAAAAAUUGUUGUUUGUUUGAGGAAUCUGGACUUAUUUUAUGUUUUGUUUUUAUAUUUUUGUUGUAACAACAUUUACUGAAAUAUGGAAAAACAACUAUUAAACACAGCAAAGCUUUAA